AUUUGGAAACUAAGGCUCUCCAAGGUGUGAAGAGUGAAAACAGCCUCAGCUCUACAGGAUCCUUCCUCGUGGAGAAUUGUAGCAUAGACUUCCAGAAAUUUCCUGACAAGGAGAUAUUAAGAAUACCUGGGCCUCUCACUGCAGACUUCACUAUCAAGAUCCGCUCUGCUGGUGCUGCUGACAGUUCAGUUCAGUUUAUCUUCUAUCAGCCCAUCAUUCACCGAUGGAGAGAAACUGAUUUCUUUCCUUGUUCAGCUUCCUGUGGAGGAGGUUAUCAGCUGACAUCUGCUGAAUGUUUUGAUCUGAGAAGCAACCGAGUAGUAGCAGAUCAAUACUGUCACUAUUAUCCUGAAAAUAUCAAGCCAAAGCCAAAACUUCAAGAGUGUAAUCUGGAUCCUUGUCCUGCAAGUGAUGGAUACAAGCAGAUCAUGCCCUAUGACCUCUACCAUCCCCUUCCUCGGUGGGAAAGUACACCCUGGACUGCCUGUUCCUCAUCCUGUGGAGGGGGCAUUCAAAGCCGCAGUGUCUCAUGUGUGGAAGAAGACAUUCAGGGGCAUAUCAGCCCAGUGGAAGAAUGGAAAUGCAUGUAUACUCCAAAGAUGCCUGUUGUCCAGCCUUGCAAUAUAUUUGACUGCCCAAAGUGGCUUGCUCAGGAAUGGUCUCCGUGCACUGUGACCUGUGGACAAGGACUCAGAUACCGUGUGGUCCUUUGCAUUGAUCACAGGGGUAUGCAUACAGGAGGCUGUAGUCCUAAAACAAAGCCACACAUAAAAGAAGAAUGCAUUGUACCCAAUCCUUGCUACAAACCCAAAGAGAAACUUCCUGUGGAAGCAAAGUUGCCAUGGUAUAAGCAGGCUCAAGAGCUGGAGGAAGGAGCAGUGGUGUCUGAAGAACCAUCGUAA